AUGCCCCCCCGAAUCCCCACCCCGGACGACUUCGCGCCCAUCCAGCCCGUCCUGCCCCUGACCCUCGUCUUCCCAAACCCGCCCGAGUCCACCACCGCCAUCAUGCUCCUCUUCCACGGCCUGGGCGACUCCGAGGCGCCCUUCGCCUCCUUCUCCAGGGCAAUGUCCCUCCCCGGCGUUCUAUCCAUUGCCGUCCGUGGGCCCUCCCCGCUGCCUCCGUCCAUGCUCCCCGACGAAGCCUUAUCCCCAGCAUCAGCAUCAACAUCAACGCCCGCCGGAGCAGGCCACUUCCACUGGGGCGACGACAUCACCUUUGACCCUUCCGCGGACUCCCUCUCGCCCGACCCAGGCUUCUCCAGGUCUUCCGCCCUCGUUGUAGACCGCCUCAUCCGCGACACACUCGUCUCCCGCUGCGGCUGGGACCUCGCCGACAUCAUCCUCUUCGGCUUCGGCCAGGGCGGCUCCCUGGCCCUGGGCAUCGCCUCCCAGCUCCGCCUCGGGCCCCGCGUCGUUGACGUGACCAACGCCGCCGACGCGCCCGCGCCCAGUAGGCCAAAGAGAGUCGGCAAUCCCCAUUCCGACGACAACACUCUCAAGGGCGUCGUCUCCAUCGGCGGGCCGCUACCGCAGUCCAUGGUCCCCUCUGUCAGCGCCCGCUCCAAGUGCAAGACCAAAGCCUGUCUCGUCCAGCUCGACGAUGACGCCUUCGACGUCGUCAAGGAGGAGUUCCUCGACGUCAGGCUCGUCAAGUGGAAGAGGAAAGACGUGGCCAUGCCCCGCGAUCGCGACGAAAUGUUCCCUCUGAUGAAGUUCUUUGCCGAAUGCCUCAAGAGUGGAUGGUGA